AUGGUAGAUCGAUGCACUCGUUGGCCCGAAGCAGUUCCUAUUUGUGAUAUAACUGCUGAAACAGUAGCUCGAGCGUUUGUGUCUACAUGGAUUUCUCGAUUCGGUGUCCCGCAUAGAAUCACUACAGACCAAGGACGGCAGUUUGAAUCUGAUUUGUUUAGAGAAUUGAGCCGAACGCUGGGUGUGGAUCAUCUUCGAACAACCGCUUAUCAUCCACAGUCAAACGGUAUGGUGGAGCGCUUCCACCGAACACUUAAAGCAGCUUUGAUGUGCGUCGAUGGAAAGUACUGGUCAGAACGCUUGCCGCUGGUUCUUCUUGGAAUACGAACAGCCUUGAAGAUUGAUCUCAAUUGCUCUACGGCGGAAUUAGUAUAUGGACAGCAACUCCGUAUUCCUGGGGAGUUUUUCGAUUCUCCACAAGUACUGACAGACAGAAGCAAUCUAGUCAGAGACCUUCAUCGCAUAUUCGAUAAUUUGAAGCCAAUAGCAACUGAGCAUCAUGCUACAUCGAAAGUGUUCGUUCAUCGAGAACUAAAAGAUUGUCGUUAUGUGUUUUUGCGCAUUGACAUGGUAAAAAAACCACUCCAGCAGCCAUAUCAAGGACCAUACGAGGUGGUAAAACGUGAUGAAAAAAUCUUCGAUUUGAUCAUAAAUAGCAAACAGCAACGUGUAUCAAUCGACCGCAUCAAACCUGCGUUCCUCCUGAAAGAAGACCAACCGAUGAAUCAUAAUAAAACAAAAUUUACACCUUCUGGUCAUCGAAUAAGAUUCCUGGUGUAA